UUAAUAAAAAUCUUGAUAACCCUUUUCUAAAUUUCGGGUUUUUUUUUUUGUUUUCUCGAGGGUUUUUUUUGGUGUUGUUUGAGGGGUUUUUGUUUGGUUUCCUAGAAAACUGUAGGAAAAGGAGAGAAAGUUGGGAAUCUUGCGACAUCCUAAAUUGUUCAACUACAGUUUUUAACAGGGACUAAACGUACCCAUGUGAACUCUUUUUGUCUGUUAAUCUCCGUUAAUUGGUUGUUUUCAUCUUUCUUUUUUUUCCCACUUUUUUUUUUGGUUGAUUAAGAUUUUGGAAAACAAAGAAAGAGCAUUUACAUUAUUCAUAGUGAUGGAGUCUUGGAGCUAUGGGUCUGAAGGGAAAGGCCUUCUUUUUACCGAUGAAAUGGAUGUGGAUGCUUUUUCUAGAAGUAGGAAAGCAAUGCUAAGUUGGGACCUCAAGCCUUCCACUGAUCUUGAAGGUGUUGAGAGCAUGGAAUUCAUGGAUUUUGGUAUUGCUGCUGAUAUGAACAAAAAACCCUUUUAUGGUAACACUAGUAUGGGGAUUUUUGGAGCUGAGUUUGGUAAUGAUUCUACUAAAAGUCUAGUUUCUCCUACUUGUAUGAUUUCCUCUACUUCAGAUUUUGGUGAAGAAGAAUCUGGUUCCAAGCAUUGCAGCUCUUUGAUGGACUCUAACAGUCAGGAAUCUUCACUCAUUGAUUUAAAGCUCGGGAGAUUGACUGACUAUAAAGAUGCACACCAUGGCAAGUUCUUGAAGGAAACCUCUGUUGUUUCCCCUGUUCGACCGGCUAUUGUGCCGAAGAAAGCUCGAACCACAAGCUCACAUUCUCAAAUUCCUUGCUGUCAAGUUUAUGGUUGCAACAAGGACCUUAGCUCUUCAAAAGAUUACCACAAGAGGCACAAAGUUUGUGAGGCUCACUCCAAGACUGCCAAAGUAAUUGUCAAUGGAAUUGAGCAGCGGUUUUGUCAGCAGUGCAGCAGGUUUCAUUUACUGGCUGAAUUUGAUGAGGGUAAGCGCAGUUGUCGUAAACGCCUAGCAGGGCAUAAUGAGCGCAGAAGGAAGCUUCAUUUCAAUACCUUUUCUGGAAAAUCACAUAAGUUGCCUCAUUCAUAUCAAGGUACCAAGUUUCUGGGAACCUCCAUACCGAAACAAAUGCCUUUUGUUAUCCCUAACAUAUUUCAAGUUGACUUUCUUCAUCCAGAAAGACAUGCAUACAGUAAUCAAUAUCAGCAGGUUAAAUCUGAAGAGAAACCAAUGUAUAGUUCUCAAUCAGCAAUGCCAAUCACAAACGGGCAGUCGUCUUUCUUUCAUAUGCAUGACAGUGGGAAGCAACAUCUUUCUGGAACAUUAUCAUCAGCAACUGAAGUCUUCGGUGCUCCUAGUGCAGCACCAACAGUUAAAGAGUUAUCUGGGGUUUCACGCUCAGACUGUGCUCUCUCUCUUCUGUCAGCUCAAUCCUUGGAUUUGUCAAGCCAUGUGACAGGUAUUCAAAUGACUAGGCCCUUGAUCAAUCAAGCUGGCCUUGCCCAUCGUAGCACUGAGAAAUCUGCAGUGAUGAGUUACUCGGAAAAAGGUAGCAGUUUCUAUUCAUGUGGGAUGAACCCUACCGGAGUAAGCCAAGAAGGGUCAGUCGUGGUCCCCGAUGCUGGUCAUACUGCUAAUUUUGAAGGUAAAGUCCAAGACUUGGAUCUCUUGAGUGCAAGGUAUUGUCUUUCUCCUGAAACUGGGACCACUGUUGAUUUGCUUCAACUUUCAACACACCUCCAAAGAGUGGAGCAACAGAGGAACUCCAUGCAAGUAAAGCAGGAAAAUGAGGAUCUGUUUUAUUUCCUUUCCACUUAAUUGGUACAAGAGGGAGAAAGGCUUUCAGGGAGAGUUGCAAAAGUGCUGCAUUAAACUCUUUUUUUUAUAACCUCAUUGGUGCAUUUUCACAAUACGCUGUUAGGAGACUCGAUACCAUUGGUAGUACAUCUCGUUUUCCGGUCAGUACAUAACAGAGCGAAUUCUGGAACUGUACAUUAGUGCAAUUUCAGUAGGAUUUGUUCCUUUUCUAGAACUCUUGUUCUCUGGUGAUAUUAUGUAGUUAAGCUGGUUUAAUGAUUAUGUUAAUAUAUGAUGAUAUAAUCUGAGAUAUUGUAGGAAACACUUUUAGCUUGGUAUAUGAUCCCCCAUCACUUUGGUUGCAUUGAAGGGGCAAUGUUCAAAGGGACAAACUAAGAGUCAAGUUGGAAUAAAGAUCACCCUGUAAAAAGAAGUUUAGAAUCA